GGUGACCGGAGAUAGACAUGUUAUUCUUACCAUCACCAACAAGCUACCUCACUGUCACCGUUCCUCUGUAACUCUAUCCAUCCACCUAUCAUUCCCUGAAUCCCCAAGACAAAUGGCGUUCCUCACCGGACGAUCGUCCUCUCUGGUCGGCCUCUACCAUCACCACCGUCCAAUUCUCUCAAUCACACGGCAAUCAAAUCUCAACACGACCACUGCUAAUCGGUGGUGGUGGUUCAGCACCACCGGCACCGAGUCGACUCCGAGUGAACUCGCCGGAAAAAACGCAUACGAUCUCUUAGGGGUUUCCGAAACAAGCUCGUUCGCCGAAAUCAAAGCUUCGUUCCGAAGAUUGGCCAAAGAAACUCACCCCGACCUCGUUAAAUCGCUGGAUCAUUCCUCUGAUUCUCAUCGAUUCGUUCAAAUCCUCGCUGCUUAUGAGAUACUAUCAAAUUCUGAGAAGAGGACUCAUUAUGACAGGUACCUGUUAUCUCAGAGAAUGCGUGUUCAGAGAUGUUCUGAGCAAGUUUCAGUAAUGUACACAUAUGAAUCACACAGAACAACAAUGAAAGAAAUGGAAGUUGUUGAAUGGUUAAAAUGGUAUAGGUUUGCUUUAAAUGAUAUUUUGUCAGAGAGAAGAAUUGUAGUUGGGUCAGGCUACUUUGAUGUACUGGAAAGGGAUUUUUAUUCAGCCAUGCAUGCAGCAUACUAUGGCCCAGUGAUUGAGUCUAUGGAUCUCCUCCCUGACUGUUUUGAAGCCGAGGAGAGGUCUGCCUGUGAAACUCCUGAAGUGCUGCACUUGGUUUCAGGGCGUGACCUUUUUGGAAUGAUAUGCCUAGCUGAUAAGGUUCCUGAAUUAUCUCAGUCCUACAAUGAAAAACUGUCAUCUUUUGCCUCUAGAGGGUUGGGGUUGUGCCAAGCCAUAGAGAAUCCGAGCAGGCAAACCAAUUCUGGAACAGAUGAUAUUGGAAUUCAUUGGAUGCCAGCAACAGAGAUUGAUUACCAUGCAUCUGACGCAUAUAAAGAUCUAGAAUUGCAUGUGUUGGGAAAGGUGGUUGCUUUGGCAACCAGAGUCCCACCUAAAAGCUAUUGCAAUGGGAUAAGAAAUGAAGAUUCUCAGGAUCACAUACAUGUAUAUCUUAGUUCACAUGAAGAUUUGUACAUGAGCAAAGGAUUUUCUAGAGACUCCUUCAAGGGUGUUGCAGUUGGAUCUAGGAUUCCACUGGGAACAAUAACUGGAAUAGGGACCAACUCCGAAGAAGGGUCGUGCUUUGUCUAUGAUAGCAAUGGUAUAAAAACCCACAUGAUUAUGAAGCAUAGGACACUGAUGGUAAAACACAUGCACUGGUAUCAAGUGGAUGAUAAAGUUUCUGUGGCAGAGUGCAGAUGCAGCAGAGCUCAGUUACCACCAAGCACAUUUUGGCUGUUUGAGCCUCGAUGUGGCAUGCAUGACAUUGGAGGUUGGUAUGUGGAGACAUUUGGCAGAGAUAGGAAAGGCCGGACUGUCCCAUCCAGAAGGUAUUGGGAUGGCUUCAAUGCAGAUGAACAGUUUGAAAAGAGACUUCAUCCAGCAAUGUAUUUGCUUGCUCUUGCAUAUAGAACUCUAGAUCUUGAAGAUGCAAAAAGAAGGAAACAAACAGUGAGAGAUAACGUUGAACGAAAACUGUCUGGAAUAAUCAGUUGGUGCAGGAAACUUGUAUGAGUCAGAUUAAAUAUGGAGCUUCUGGCAUGAAAAGCAUUUCAACUCUCAUAUAUAGUACAUUCUUCGCUUCUGCUGCCUACAUAUUUACCAGUGAUUUUCUUCAGAACAGAUCCAAAUGGCAUUGGCUGUGGCAUCUACCAACUCCGUAGUUCUACAUCGAAUUCAUAGAACAUUAAGGUAACAAUUGCCUUAUAUGCAGAUUCUAGGAUGCACGAAGAUUAUUUCUGGGAUAUAUUGAGCAUUUUAGUAGAGCUUUGUGUGGUGUUUUGUGUUGUGGUGCACUGAUGGUGUGAAGCCUUGAGUUAGGGGUGAAACUGGGAGUUCACAGACAGAGACACAGAGAGAGAGAGAGAGAGAGAGAGAGAGAGAGUUGUAUAUAUUUCUUGGUAGAGAGGCCUAAGCAUAUCGGUGGUUAUGGAAUCCGGAGAGAGUCAUUAAGUUGUAUAUAUCUGACCGAGUCAAGUGGAACGAAUAGACUCUUUUUUGGUAGAGGGGCCUAAGCAUAUCGGUGAGAGAGAGACAGAGAGAGAGAGAAUCAUUAAGUUGUAUAUAUUUCUUGGUAGAGGGGCCUAAGCAUAUCGGUGGUUAUGGAAUCUGGGAGAGAGUCAUUAAGUUGUAUAUAUCGGACCGAGUCAAGUGGAACGAAUAGACUCUUUUUUGGUAGAGGGGCCUAAGCAUAUCGGUGGUAAUCAUUGAGUUGUAUAUAUUUCUUGGUAGAGGGCCCUAAGCAUAUCGGUGGUUAUGGAAUCCGGGAGAGAGUCAUAAAGUUGUAUAUAUCUGACUGAGUCAAGUGGAACGAAUAGACUCUUUUUUGGUAGAGGGCCCUAAGCAUAUCGGUGGUUAUGGAAUCCGGGAGACUCGGGACAUGUUAAGGACCACAUUAUUCAGCUUUUUGCUUCUGCACCAAGGGAUGUAAAAGAGUCAUUAAGUUGUAUAUAUCUGGCCGAGUCAAGUGGAACGAAGAGACUCUUUCUUGGUAGAGGGGCCAAAGCAUAUUGGUGGUUAAGGACAACAUUAUUCAGCUUUUUGCUUCUGCAUCAACUGUCAUAGCGGGUAUUAAUUUUUCGCUUGGGUAUCUUGACUCUACCAAGAGAUGUAAAAGAGAAGAGGGAACAUUCUCUAGUAGUCCAUUCAGCUGCUAUUGUUGUCAGAUGGUUGCUUGUGUUGAAAAAUCAGCAAAUGUUAUUCAAGAAAUAAUACUACUGAAAUAUUUAGGUUUAUAUUUGGUUUUUGACAUCUUCCCUUAAUGUAUUAUCUUUUCAUAUCAGCUUCAAUUUCUAUCUGAUAGUUUGCCA